AUAUAUUGACUAUAUAUAUAUAUUGACCGCAUAUUUGUACUUCCAAGUUCAAGUAUCAUAGUAUUUGUAGAAGGUUUCAUUUGAAGCCAAGUUUUGCUUCAGUAUCUAUUGACCCGUAAGUACCCAACUUUUUUUGGUUAAAUAAACUACUUGGUAUUGCAAUAUGUGUACUCAUGAGUACACAUAUUUGAUUAAAUAUCUUAGUUGGGUUACUUUGUUCACCUUUGGUUUUAGAUAUCGCUAUUUUUUUCUCAGAAAAAUACUAGGGGUAACUACUACCACUUAUUCGUCUCUUGAAAACUACAAGCUUUUGUAUAAAAGGAACAGCUAAAAAGUAUAUUCUUUAGCUGUAGCUCGUUUUCGCUUUGUGCAUUUUUUUAAAACCGAUCUGCCAGUAUGGAUUUCCAACAAACCCGUGAUAUAUGAUUUCUGCUUUAAAAAAACUUCCUGAUAUAUGGUCUUCAGCCUUAACGUCAGUUCGAUGGUUAUGCGCUUCGCCAUCCUAUCCAAACAAUAAUUCUUCUGUUCCUGUCGUAGAAUUGAAGAAUCGCCGUGAAGUCUUUGUCAACAAACUGAACAUUUGCACUGAACAGCUGGUAAAUAAGCCUUCCUAUCACAUAGUUAUAAUACCAGCCUCAGAAAUACAGUAUAUGGCUUACCAUGUUCCAUACCCUUUUCACCAAGAUUCCAACUUCUUCUACUUCACUGGAUUAAGUGAACCAAAUGGAGUUCUGUUGUUCUGCACAGACAAAACAGAAGUGCAUCGCGAUCAAAGUGGCUCCAAUUGGUCGACUUAUCUAUUCGUGGAGACUCAAAACAAACAUGCCGAAAUCUGGGAUGGUCCAUCUUUGACGCUAUCAGAAGCUUCUUUGGCAACUGGGGUUGAUAAUUCCCAUCCUUUGAAUGAAUUUAGUAACUUUUUGAACCAUCAAGCUUCAUUUGCACAAUCCAUAUGUGUUUGGUAUAGUCCAUUAUCAUCCAAAAAUUUUGUUGAGCGCCCCUUAAAUAAGUUCAUUUUGAGAAAGAUUUUAGAAUUCUCCCGGAAAAUUGGCGACAAAAAAAUUAGUUUUGAAAAUCCAGACUAUAUAAUCGACAGAAUUCGCUUUAUAAAAUCAAAUUAUGAAAUAAGACAGAUUAAAACCGCGGUUAUUGCAGCGAUCGAGUCUCUUAAGUCGGCUAUGCAAAUUACACAACCAGGAAUCACGGAAACUGCUUUACAAGGUCACAUAGAAUACCAAAUGCGCAGCCGAGGCUGUUCUGUCGGGUAUCCUCCUGUUGUUGCUGGAGGGAGUAGAACAAACAUCAUUCAUUACAUGAAAAACAAUAUGAGGAUUGAGAAUGGGGAAUUGGUUUUGGUGGAUGCUGGAUGUCGCUUUAACGGGUAUACGUCCGAUAUUACUCGAACUUGGCCAGUAAACGGAAACUUUUCGGCACCCCAAAAAGUUAUACAUGAAAUAUUAGUUGAUGUACAGAACUCAUGUGCAUCUUUAGCCUCUCCUGAACAAAGUCUGCAAGAUGUAUAUCAUCAUAUGCUGUCUGAAAUAGGACGACACUUAAUAAAUGAGGGGAUUAUCCCAGACCAGGACAAGUUGCAUGUUGCCCAAAAGAUAUGUCCACAUCAUGUCGGACAUUAUCUUGGUUUAGACAUUCAUGAUACUCCUACGAUACCUAGUACAAAACAUUUCGAAGCAGGCGUUGUGUUCCCUUUAGAACCAGGUAUUUACUUCAGAGAUGAGUUGGCGAAACUGGGCGUAUCGAGAGACUUUCUGGGCAUCGGUAUGCGAGUAGAAGACGAUUUCGUCAUGUCAAAAACUGGCUGCGCUGAGAAUUUAGAACACGUCAAAGAUGAUUUAUUAUUGGAAGAAGCCUAAAAUUCAUGUAAUAAAUUCGAAAUUGAUGAAUAUGUUGAUUUAAAAACUAUGGAUUUCUUAAUUGUCACAAUAGUCUUUAAAUCAGUGUUUCAUGAAAAUACUAAACAACAUUCGACCUGACGAAAUGAUUUUUUAGGUCAUUGUCUUAGCUUGACUUACGAAGGCUUAGUAUCUAGUUUUAUCGAACUGUUUCCAUAAAAUUCACUGCGGUAUAAUAAUCUCUGACAGAGGAAUGUUGGUCAUACCUGGAAUUAACUAAAAUGAUGACGAAGUCGACCGAGAAAUAAGCCCUUAGGUGUGGUAGCUUACAUCAGCCAAGUUUAUAAUCUGAAGUAUUCUUUUUAAAUGGGUGAGUUUAUUUCCGUCUCACAGCCUAUUGAAUUAAACAGUCGCGAUAUUCAAGGACUAAGAAGAGGAUGAGCUCAUUAAACAUGUGGAGCACCCCACUCCUAAAAAUAUAGGGAUUUGCUGUCAUGUGCACUUGACUGCUCCGCUUGCUGGACGUAGUUACAUUAAGCCCAGCGCGCUAAUCAUCUAUGGGUUCAUGUUGUUUGGUAACUGGCAGCAUCUGCAGAAAUACUGAGUCGCUCAGCUAUUAUCACCUCAACUAUUUUGUCUCCAUAUUGUCGGAAAUAGUGUGUUACCAAC